AUGGCGGCCACGAUCGCCUUCAACGCCGUUGGAGCUCCGGUACGACUCUGCCGCCAAUUAACUCACCCACGAAGCUCCUAUCCACUUCUCGGCGGGAUCCGACUGCGUCGCGUUGCCCCGACCCGAUUUUCGAGCUCCUCAUCCCCCUCCUCUGGCUCUGGAAUUAGGGCGCAGGUGGCGGCCGUCGAGCAAUCGAGCGCUGCUGUAGCUCAGAACGUGGAGGCUCCUGUGGUUAUCGUCACUGGAGCUUCUAGAGGAAUUGGCAAAGCUGUUGCGCUAGCUCUCGGCAAGUCUGGUUGUAAGGUUCUGGUAAACUACGCAAGAUCAUCUAAGGAAGCUGAAUUAGUUUCCAAGGAGAUUGAGGCAUCUGGUGGUCAAGCUCUGACAUUUGGGGGUGAUGUUUCAAAGGAAGAAGAUGUAGCGGCAAUGAUUAAAACUGUGGUUGAUGCAUGGGGAACAGUUGAUGUGUUGGUUAAUAAUGCUGGAAUAACACGGGAUGGCUUGUUGAUGAGAAUGAAAACAUCCCAAUGGCAGGAGGUUAUUGAUUUGAAUCUUACUGGCGUGUUUCUGUGCACACAGGCUGCAGGUAAAGUUAUGAUGAAACAGAGAAAGGGAAGAAUAAUCAAUAUAGCAUCUGUUGUUGGUCUUGUUGGCAAUGUUGGACAAGCCAACUACAGUGCUGCAAAGGCCGGAGUAAUUGGCUUUACGAAGAGUGUCGCCAAGGAAUAUUCAAGCAGGAGCAUUAAUGUCAAUGCUGUAGCACCUGGUUUUAUUGCAUCUGAUAUGACUGCCAAGCUUGGAGAAGACAUAGAAAAGAAGAUCUUGGGAACCAUCCCCCUAGGGCGAUAUGGUCAACCUGAAGAAGUCGCAGGACUGGUGGAAUUCUUAGCGCUCAAUCCCGCUGCCAGUUACAUUACUGGACAGGUAUUAACCAUUGAUGGAGGGAUGGUGAUGUGA